AUGUCUGAAGACGAGGUGGCUCAGGCCCCGAGGCCCAGAGUAUUGGAGCAGGAACAGCAGAAUGUGGUACAGCGCGUGGUGGCCCUGCCCCUGGUCAAGGCCACCUGCACUGCGGUCUCUGAUGCUUACAGCGCAGCCAAGGACAGGCACCCACUGCUGGGCUCUGCCUGCCGCCUGGCUGAGCACUGUGUCUGCGGCCUGACCUCCCGUGCCCUGGACCACGCCCAGCCACUGCUCGACCACCUGCAGCCCCAGUUGGCCACAGUGAACGACCUUGCCUGCAGGGGCCUGGACAAGCUGGAAGAGAAGCUGCCUUUUCUCCAGCAGCCUUCGGAGACGGUGGUGACCUCAGCCAAGGAUGCGGUGGCCAGUGGCGUGACGGGGGUGGUGGGCCUGGCACAGCGGAGUCGGCGCUGGAGUGUGGAGCUGAAGCGUUCCGUGAGCCAUGCCGUGGAUGUCGUGCUGGGCAAGUCGGAGGAGCUGGUGGACCACUUCCUGCCCAUGUCAGAGGAUGAGCUUGCGGCGCUGGCAGCCGAGGCUGAGGGCCCGGAAGUGGCGUCGGUGGAGGAUCAGAGGAAGCAGCAGGGCUACUUUGUGCGUCUGGGCUCCCUGUCGGCACGACUACGCCACCUAGCGUACGAGCAUUCUCUGGGGAAACUGAAGCAGAGCAAACACCGCGCCCAGGACACACUGGCUGAGCUGCAGGACACGCUGGAGCUGAUCAACCUCAUGCAGGGUGGGGCCGACCCCGCCGUCCCCGCCCGUCCUGGGAAGGUGCACCAGCUGUGGGGGGACUGGAAGCAGCGGUCCCCGGAGAACGGUCGUCGCCGGAGCCAGGCGGAGCUGGAGACGCUGGCGCUUUCGCGCAGCCUCACGUGGGAACUGCAAAGCACAGUGGAUGCGCUAGAGACCAACGUUCGGGGCCUGCCCCCCAGCGCCCAGGAGAAGGUGGCUGAGGUGCGGCGCAGCGUGCACGCCCUGCAGGCCGCCUUCGCCGACGCCCGCUGCUUCGAGGAUGUGCCGGCGGCCGCGCUGGCCGAGGGCCGGGGCCGCGUGGCGCGGGCACAGGCCUGCGUGGACGAGCUGCUGGAGCUGGUGUUGCAGGCCGUGCCGCUGCCCUGGCUUGUGGGGCCCUUCGCGCCCAUCCUCGUGGAGCACCCUGAGCCCCUGCCGGACCUGGAGUCCCUGGUGGAUGAGGUCAUCGGGAGCCCCGAUCCCCGCUGGGCGCAUCUGGACUGGCCAGCCCAGCAGAGAGCCUGGCAGGCCCAGCACGGAGACGACCCGGGCCUCCAAGGUGACAUUCCGGAGCAGGAACCCGAGCCUCCCAGCCGCCCGGUCAAGCACACCCUCAUGCCGGAGCUAGACUUCUGA